AUGUUCGCCAUCCACUUGCUAGCUUUCCAUUUCACCAAGCUAAAAGAGGAUCAAAUCAAAAAGGUCGACAGGUACCUGUACCACAUGCGCCUCUCCGACGAUGCCUUGCUGGACGUGAUGGCUUGCUUCCAGGCCGAGAUGGUGAAGGGCCUGGGGAGAGACACGAACCCCACGGCCACAGUCAAAAUGCUGCCCACGUUUGUGCGCUCCCUUCCCGAUGGCUCCGAGAACGGUGAAUUCCUUGCUGUUGACGUGGGUGGCUCCCAGUUUCGUGCCCAUCAAGUGAAGGUCUUUGAUGAUGGGAAGCAGAGCAGCCAGCUGGAGAGCAAGUUUUACCCCACACCCAAGGAGGUCAUACAGGGCAAUGGAGCUGAGCUCUUUGAUUAUGUUGUUGACUGUCUGGUAGACUUCAUGGAGACCAAAAACCUGAAGCAUAAGAAGUUACCUCUUGGCUUUACAUUUUCUUUUCCAUGCAGACAAACCAAACUGGAAGAGGGAUUUCUUCUUGGCUGGACGAAGCACUUCAAGGUCCGAGGAGUUCAGGACACAGAUGUGGUCAGCUCUCUGCGCAAGGCCCUCAAGAAGCAUAAGGACAUAGACCUUGAUGUCUUGGCUCUGGUCAAUGACACUGUGGGAACCAUGAUGACUUGUGGCUAUGAUGAUCCACGCUGUGAAGUUGGGCUCAUAAUUGGGACUGGCACCAAUGCAUGCUACAUGGAGGACAUGAGGCACAUCGACCUGGUGGAAGGUGAUGAAGGGAGGAUGUGCAUCAACACAGAGUGGGGUGCCUUUGGUGAUGACGGCGCUUUGGAUGACCUCCGCACAGAGUUUGAUCGGGAGCUCGAUCUUGGAUCUCUCAAUCCUGGAAAGCAAUUGUUUGAGAAGAUGAUCAGCAGCCUCUAUCUGGGGGAGCUUGUAAGACUCAUUCUCCUAAAAAUGACCAAGGAAGGUCUGCUCUUCAAUGGGAAAGUGUCGACAGCUCUGCUCACCAAGGGCAAGAUUGAAAUGAAACAUGUCUGUGCAAUGGAAAAGUAUAAGGAAGGUCUGAGCAACACAAAAGAGAUCCUUACAGAGCUGAACCUGUUUCCCUCUGAAGAGGACUGCAUUGCUGUGCAGCAUGUCUGCACCAUCGUCUCCUUCCGCUCAGCCAACCUCUGUGCUGCUGCCCUUGCAGCUAUACUGACCCGACUGAGAGAGAAUAAAAAGCUGCUAAGGAUGCGAACCACUGUUGGGAUUGAUGGAGGGCUCUAUAAAACCCACCCUCAGUAUGCCAAACGUCUGCACAAGGUGGUGAGAAGGCUGGUGCCAAACUGUGACGUUCGCUUCGUCCUCUCUCAGAGCGGCAGUGGGAAGGGAGCUGCCAUGGUGACGGCGGUGGGGUACCGGCUGGCCGCUCAGCGCAAGCAGAUCGAUGCCGCUCUGGCACCGUUCCUGCUGUCCCUGGACACCCUCAGAGAAGUGAAGCAAAAAAUGAGGACUGAGCUGGAAUAUGGGCUAAAGCGAGAGACACAAGCCAGUGCCUCAGUGAAGAUGUUACCCACGUAUGUCUGUGGGAUGCCAGAUGGAACAGAGAAAGGAAAGUUCCUUGCCCUUGACCUUGGUGGGACAAAUUUCAGGGUUCUGCUGGUCAAAAUCAGAAGUGGGAGAAGAUCAGUGCAAAUGUAUAACAAAAUCUUUGCCAUUCCAUUGGAGAUCAUGCAAGGGACAGGGGAAGAGCUCUUUGACCAUAUUGUCCAGUGCAUAGCAGAUUUUCUGGAGUAUAUGGGGCUUAAAGGUGCUCGACUGCCUCUGGGCUUUACCUUCUCCUUCCCUUGCAGGCAAGCCAGCAUUGACAAGGGAACACUUGUGGGAUGGACAAAAGGUUUCAAGGCAACAGACUGUGAAGGGGAAGAUGUUGUUGAUAUGCUGAGAGAGGCCAUCAAGAGAAGAAAUGAGUUUGACUUGGACAUUGUAGCAGUGGUGAAUGACACCGUUGGGACAAUGAUGACGUGUGGAUAUGAGGAUCCCAACUGUGAGAUUGGCCUUAUCGCAGGAACCGGCAGCAAUGUGUGCUACAUGGAGGACAUGAAAAACAUAGAAAUAGUGGAAGGGAAUGAAGGAAAAAUGUGCAUUAACACUGAGUGGGGAGGAUUUGGUGACAACGGCUGCAUUGACAACAUCAGAACAAAAUAUGAUAAAGAAGUAGAUGAAGGUUCACUAAACCCAGGGAAACAGAGGUACGAAAAAAUGACCAGUGGAAUGUACCUAGGUGAAAUAGUGAGACAGAUUUUGAUCGACCUAACCAAACAAGGACUGCUGUUCAGAGGACAGAUUUCGGAGUCGCUCAGGAAGAGAAGCAUAUUCGAAACAAAAUUCCUGUCUCAGAUUGAGAGUGACCGUCUCGCCCUCCUCCAAGUGCGUCUAAUUCUGCAGCAGCUUGGCCUGGACAGCACGUGUGAAGACAGCAUCAUUGUGAAAGAGGUGUGUGGAGCUGUUUCAAGAAGAGCUGCUCAGCUCUGUGGGGCAGGUCUGGCAGCUAUUGUAGAGAAGAAGAGAGAAAACCAAGGUGUGGAGCGCCUGCAAACCACCGUUGGAGUAGAUGGGACUCUGUACAAGCUGCAUCCACAUUUUUCUAGGGUUCUGCAGGAAACAGUGAAGGAACUGGCACCCCAGUGUGAUGUGACUUUCAUGCUUUCUGAAGAUGGAAGUGGGAAGGGAGCUGCCCUCAUUACUGCAGUAGCAAAAAGGUUGCAUAAUGUUGGACAGAAGUGA